GGCGGGUGUCGCGCAAGUCAUGUGGAUACUAUUGCUGGCAUUGGAGCUGUUCGAGCUGAGCGAUAGGGCGCACGAGGCGGUGACUGCGAUGCACGGCCCUGUGGUGUCUGCCCUGGAUAAGCUGUCGCUGGACGCGCAUGACCAGCGUUUCUACCGAGCGGUGACGCUCUUCUACAAGUCUGUGAGUUACCGGCCAGCUCUCUUGUCGCUGAGCGGGUUCACCAGCAUCGACCGACCUCUCUUCGGCUCCAUCGUCUCCCUAUCAGUCACGUAUCUCGUCAUCAUGGUGCAGUUUCGAUCGGACACGUCUCAUCCUUCUUCUUCUUAAUGCCGUGGUUGUGGAUUUUAUUUUUUAUCCUUCUCGCCUUCGUCCAGGAAGAG